AUGGACAGAGACGGAUUUCCUUUAGCAAGUAUCAGCGAGAAGAGUGUUAUUGAUGAGACUGUGGAAACAGCGAAAUCGACACGUGGCCAACGGCCACCACUUCGACAAGCAACUGCCGUUCAAAGUGGCGAAUUUACAACAACAAAGUCCAAUCACGAACCUUCCCUUCCCACUGAUUAUAUUAAAAAAUAUAAUCAAGUCGAAGUAACUAGUAUUGCAGAUGAAGACGAUGAAAAUGAAAGAGAGAGAUAUUUAUCUCAACGAGCAAGUCAACUGAGUAAUGAUCGUGAUAACACAAUGGUUUCAUCGUACACAACAGGUGGUGGCGCGGAAAAUGAUGUGAUUGAAAUUCAUCAAUUUAGUUUAGCAGAUGUUGAUGCUUAUCUCGAUAUUUACUUUGAUACAUUAAAUGAUCGUUUAAGACAUUAUAUCGGGAAUGAUGAUCAAAUACAUCAAUUUCGUGUGGCAAUGAAGAAUCGAAUAAAUUCGAAUCCUAAUGCACGUGAAUUUCAAAAUGUUCUUCUGGGGAAAAUGAAUGGCGAAGUUCUAUCAGCAUUAACCAUGGCAUUUCCGGACGAAACACCAACGAUAAUUCCGCUAUCGACGGGUUCACACAAUUCAUGUUUCACAUCUAUACAUCGAUGGCUCGUACAUAAAGCCAACUACGUUCCGACACAUGUGGAAGAAUGUUAUAUUGAAAUGAUCGGUGUAAAAAAUGGCUAUCGAAAUCAUGGCAUCGGCGCGGCAAUGCUCGAAUGUGUGGAACAAUUCGCUCGACAAGCUGGUGCUAAUCGACUGACUAUUCAUACAACAGGACAACAAUUGCGAAACUAUUUCGAACGGUACGGAUUCGUUCUCGAUGCCACAGACAGUUCGUCAUUUUGGAAAUGGGUUCUCGAGCGGCAAAAUGUCGAGAAAUUAACAAAAGUUCUCUCACCAGAUCAAGACAAUGAUUAUACAACGAAUAGCUAUGUCAAUGAGAGUAUGGUAGAAAGUGUCGAUGGAGCUUAG